AUGAGCAGCCUCGCCAGCACAGAGUCUGAUUUCUCAGACGAGGAGCUGGACAGCAGUCCUCUGGGCCCUGAAGACGACGACAGCAGCGGAGGCGAGGAACCCUCCAAGAAGUCUCCUGGCGACGGGGACGGCUCCGCGUCCAGCUCCGGCCCCAACCAGGGCGUUGCCUCCAAAGCGGCCGGCGGUAAGAAGAGGAGCCGGCCCGUGCGCUCCAAGGCCCGCCGGGUCGCCGCCAACGUGCGCGAGCGCAAGCGCAUCCUGGACUACAACCAGGCCUUCAACUCGCUGCGUCUGGCCCUCAACCACGACCUGAGCGGCAAGCGCCUCUCCAAGAUCGCCACGCUGCGCCGGGCCAUCAACCGCAUCUCUGCACUCUCCAUCUUCCUGAGGAACCAUCCGCCGCCACCCGUCCCGGAGCGGACCUGCAGCCACGUGGAGUGCCUGCACGGAGGAGGUGCUCAGGAGGAGCACGGGAUGCUCGCACCAGGAAAGGAGAGGGACUAUAAUAAUAAUCAGGCGGAGAAAUACCUCCUGCACCAGCACCAGCACCAGCACCAGCACCACCACCAGCCUGAGCUGCAAACCCCACCGCCGCACAAAGCUUACAGCCACAUGUUACCCUCGGAGCCAGCACAACAUCUCUACCCGGAACUACCUCCGCUGGCCGCUGGGUCGGCGCCGGCGUGCCCGCCCUCGCCACACUACGCCCAGUACCCGUCAGACUCCCAGCUGUGCGUGGGCGGCCACCACGGACUCUACAGCCACCCACGAGGUGGUGAGGAGACGUUCCAUAACAACAACAACAACCACAGCAACAACACUACUCACAGCAACAGCAAUGGCGGCCAGUUUUAUGGUGUGGCGCCGGGCUACCAGUAUGGGGUGAAGGCGACAUGCCACCAGAAUCACAUGGACAACUUUGUGGACUCUCCUGCUGCUGCUGCGGCAGUGCCGUUCUCAUGGCAGUUUGGCUACCUACAGGGAGCGAGCUAUCACCAGCAGUCUCUUACUAUGCACUGA